AUGAUCAUGGCGCAAGGUAUCGAUCCGGCCACCUCUUCCGCUGCUGGCGAGGCGGUUAUGACCAGAUUACUGAUGAAGGAACUCUCCUUGCCAGGCUCCGAGACUUCGAUCAUCCGCAUCGCGGGAGCGGGGUUCCGGCUGUCCCUGCUCCUGAACGCGGCCGCUUGUCAACUCGCACAGUCCCGACUAGAAAUACACAGUAUCGCAAAGGGCAUCUCGCUCUUUGCGCUGACCCUCAAGCACCUUGGACAGACUCUCGAGAAGACAGAGAUCGAAUACUCAUCUGAGGCGAUGGAAAAGGCGUGGGAGAUCGCGAGUCAAGGCCAGAUGAUCUUUGUUGAUAUCGAGCAUAUGUUGGACAAGCUACAAGGUACCGAUACCGAUGACGAGUUGAGGAGGAUUCCUCUGCAGGAACGGCUGAAAUGGUGUUUUCGAAAACAACACGUCACGUUUCUGUUGGCCCAGCUCGAGUCGCUUAAGCUCAGUUUGAUUGUAGUGGUCCGGAUUCUACAGCUCGGAAAUCUGAUACAAAGCGGCACCGACAACACGAGUGUAGGCCCGUUGGAGUUGUCAUCGGACGAUACCGUUGCUCAAGAGAAAGCCGAAACUCAGAACAUGAUCAUUGUUCGAUACUGGUCGGUGAAGCGUCUUGAUCGCCUUUGGGAUUGUGUGGAACAGGAGGCCUUGGAGGCGGCAAACGACCAGACCAACCAGAGAAUUCAUUCAACCUAUUUUACCAACACGGCAGCAGCGGUGAAACCUUUAAUCGCCGCGACCAAGGGGUCAGACUUGACGAAACCGCAUCCGGUCACUUUUGGAGAUUGUGAUGUUGGUCUCAGUGAUCUUGAGCGUUCUCCGAAAGACAUGGUUCACCUGUCUGAGAGCGCUAUGAACCAUCUCUUGUUGAUGUGGGUACCGUCACUGGACGCUUCCAAGAUAUAUGUGAAAUCGGGGGCUCGGGGUAUCAGUCAAUCAGCCCCACCUCAAGUCUGUGUCUCUUCUGACUGUGAGGAUGAUGCCGAAGAUCUCGAUUGGGAGGGCCACAACAGCCGGGGCUACUACCUUGAGGGAAGCACGGAAGACUGGCGCAAACCUCACUCGCAGGAAGCUCGCAGGCAGGCUGCCGAGUUACGGCGCCAGUACUCGGGCUAUCAAGCACGUGUGGAAAGCGAUGAUGAGACCAACGGAUCUUCGCGACGUCGAGAACCCCGACCAAAGGAUCCGCGAAUAACCGACUCAGGUGAUGAAGAUGAACAACGAACCAGUUCACGGCCGCCUCCAAAAACCGUCACGAUCAACGAUGGUGGCCGGGCCCACUCCAGCAGCAUCUCUUCCAGAUAUCCAUCUAGCCAAACAUCCGACGGCCGACCCACCGCAUACCCAAGUGGCAGCUUUCAACCAGCAGCCACGAGUAUACCCCGGUCACAGCCACCUUCAUCUCCGUCCCAGCCUUUACCACCUCAUUUACCCGGGCCUCCCAAGCAUCACUAUCGCCACCACUCCGGAGAUAUCUAUACCAAUACAGCUCCACGCUCCAUUCCGGGGAGUCAGUCCAAUGUGCCUCCAGCGAUGUCCAUACCGUCACCACGGAGCACACCCCCGAGUCCGUUCGAGACAGGAUGGGCCCGGCCGCCGAACUAUAACAACCAUCUCCUUCAACCGCGGCCCCGCGCGUCGGCGUACCCACUUUCCACCUCAUUCCCCGAGUCCAACUUUCGGCCAUCGCCUCCUCGGUCAGCCCAAAGAUCUCCGACCCAUUCUCACCGGCGAUCUUCCCGUGAAGAGGCUAAGGAACGACACAAAGCGUUGAAGCGCGAUGCGACUCGGGGAAUCGCGGGUAUCGGCGCCAUCGCCGGCUUCAUGGAUGCCCUCGAGGCUUUCUCCGUCCUAUGA